AUGGAAAACUUUAUCUACGAGGGAGAUGAAUCCUAUAAAAGUCUCAAUAAGAAGUCAUGCACCAAUAAUAUGUUACGCAGAAUGGAACCACAAACAUUGCCUCUAAGAACUGAUGAAAAGAAGAAAGAUGUUGACAAAUUACUGCAGGCCGUUUUUGGAAACUGGCAAGAGCUAGACGACAACCGCUUCAAUUGGUACAAAGAACUCCUUUUCAAUGCUCCAACUGUUGCGGAGGAAAUAAAUGAAGAGAAUGAAUGUGAUUGCCUAGAUGAAGAACAGUGUGUUAGAAUUUAA